UUUGGGGAUCAGUUUGAGCUCUGCUUGCGAUCCGCAGCAUCAUGUGUCCCGCUGCAUCUUUGUAAAGAAUGGGCUCAUCGUCCCCGGCGGAGCGGGGCUGCAGAAGGAGAGCGAUCAGCAAGGCGGUCAACAGCACCGUAGUCCCGGGACAGCGGCUGCCCACCGCCGCAAUCACACGAGAGAUCGCCACCGGUCGCUUCUUGCAGUCGGACACGACCAGACACCGAGAGCAGCGUGCAAGGGGGCCGGGUCACCCCAUCCCCAUCCCGGCCAGGGCUCGGGGGGCACGUCGAUGGGACUCGGUGCGGUCCGUGUGCUGAGCCGGGGUCGGAGCCGAUCACAUUAGGUACGAGGCUGCCCAGCGCAAGUGGAGCUAUGGCCGCUCUCUGGCUGCAGGAGUUUCAGCAGGGUGACGAGCCGCACUCGUUUGGCGUGGAGCAGGCCGAGCGCCAUCAGCCGAGACUACCUUCCCUUCCUCCGCACCUAACUCCCCCGGCGCACGGCGCUGCCAACGCCAACCACCUCUUCGACGAACACUUCCCCGCGUUAGGGACCAACCGCCCGGAGGCUUACACCGAGGAAGAGGCAGCCGAUAACCCCGGCAUCGAGGACCUGCUUUCUCAGCUUCGGCAAAAGGAUAAUGAUCUCAUUCUGGCGGCCAAGCUCGGCAAAGCCUUACUGGAGAAGAACCAGGAGCUUAGCAAUCAGUACGAGAUAAUGCAGAGAGAACUCACCGACAAGCUAGAGCAUCUGGAACAGGAAAAGCAUGAAUUGCGGAGAAGAUUCGAGAACCGUGAAGGAGAGUGGGAGGGUCGGGUGGCUGAACUGGAGGGCGACCUGAAACAACUUCAAGAUGAGCUGGAGAGGCACCAGGUCCAGUUACGUGAGGCAAACAAGGAGAAAGUAAUAGCUUUGCGGGAAUUAUCUGAACAGAACCAACGGCUCUUAGAGCAGCUCACCAGGACAGCUGAGAUGGAGCAGCAGCUAUCGAUGCAAGUUCAUAACCUCCGCGCUGAGUUCCGGGAAAAAAGCAUCUCAACAAAUCAACAUGUGGUGCGUCUAGAGAGCUUGCAAGCUGAGCAAAUUCUAGAAAUAAAGAUGCUGACAGAACGAAAGCGGGAACUGGAGCGACGCAUCAGUGUCGUGAUGGAAGAGAACGAACUGUUACAGGGCACGAUGGAGGAACUUCAGGAACGAGUGUUGAUGGCUGAGCGACACAGUCAUGAUAAGGAUCUACAGCUACACCAGAACCAACUAGAACUCCGCGAAGUACGUAUGUCCCACCGGCAGCUUCAAAUGAAAGUGGAUGAAAUGAAUGAGGAGAUGAGCCUGCGUAGUGUGGGUCCAACAAGUACAUCGUUACUGUCUGAAAUCGAGCAGAGCAUGGAGGCAGAGGAACUGGAGCAGGAGAGGGAACAGCUGAGAGUGGAACUCUGGGAGGCAUACAGUCAGGUGCGCUCACUCUGCUCACACCUGAGAGGAAAUGACAUCACAGACUCUGCACUUUCCACUGACUCUUCCAUGGACGAUUCUUCUGACACCUCCUCUGCCAAAGAUAUCCCGACAGGGAGCCUCCACACAGCACUGCAUGAGCUCAAACGCCUGAUCCAAAACAUUCUCGAUGGAAAUGAAUCUACGGUGGUGAUGCUGAGAGUUGAAAUGAAUGCAGUGAAAGAUGAGAGAGACACGCUGAAGACAACUGAAGAAAAGGAACAUGGCAGGCAGCUUCAGAAAGCUCUCAGUGACCGGGAUGAAGCCAUUGCAAAGAAGAAUACUCUGGAAUUGGAACUUGCCAAGUGUAAGAUUGACAUGAUGUCACUCAAUAGCCAGCUCCUGGAUGCCAUCCAGCAGAAACUCAAUCUCUCUCAGCAGCUGGAAGCCUGGCAGGAUGAUAUGCACAGGGUCAUUGACCAGCAGCUACUGGACAAACAACUGAAGGAGUGUCACCUGCCAGCACACUCCCACUGGAACAGCUGCAGCAUGAGGCACAAAGGCAGCUCCUCGGCGAGACUGGAAUGUAAUCGAGAAGAGGUCAUUGGGGCAGAAGGAAAACGGCUCUUCGCAUUUUUCAAGAAGAACUAAUUUCCUUUGUAAUUAUUAGUGGGACGAACAUGGAGUUGGGAGGGCUGUAAGAGAUUCUUUGUACCAAGAGUGUUUCGUUGAAUUAGGAGGGAAACUCUUCCUGCCCAGACUCAGGUGAUGCUUCCAUUUGCCUACAAAGAGGCAGCAGGAUUGUAUAGUGGAGAGAGCUCCAGGUGUUCAGCCCAAGUCAGGUCGUCUUGUUACCGGAGACUUUCUCUGCUGUAAAUUGUGUCCAAGUUUCUUUGCCAAAGGUUCUUGUAUGUAGAAUAUUGCACGAACAUGCUGUAUAUAACGGGUUAAAACAAAUCAUACCGACCUAUUAUUUUCACAAAAAAGAUAAAUUUCACGUGAAAUAGGGAUUGAAGAAAGCCCAAUCUGUGAAAGAUGCAAUGUUUUGUACAAAGUGUUACUUCGAGAAGGUUGGACUAUUUGCCUUUGAACGAAUUCUAUGAGGCAGCAGAACCUCUGUCUCAAUGUCAGUAGCAAUCCAGCACUUUGUGUACGGUGCACCUAUGCAGAUUCAUAUGGACCAUUGCAGCAUGAGCAUGUGUAACGCAGGCAGCUCACUGUGCCUGUAGAAUAUACACCGUGUGCCAGUGUCUGUGUAACCAUGCCUGUAUGGUAUAAUGUAAGAUGGUGCACUCUGCAUCGGUACGGUGUUAAACUGUGUGUGUGUAUGUGUGUGUGUAUGUGUUUAAUGUGUUCAAUAAUUCGGGCUCAGUAGAACAGCUUUGGGCACCACUUCAGCAGAUAAAUACAGAGUAUGAGUAUAAUGUGCUACUACACAGUUUGGGAUCAUAUAUGUCCGAAAUAUAUCACGAAUGCUGGGAAUCUGAUCAGCACAGAAUUGUCAAGGGUACACAAUAUGUCUACCAGCAUCUGAAAGGAACAAAGUACAAGUUAGUGUACUCGAUUAAACCCAGUGAAGGUUCACCAGCAGAAAAGUGAGAAUGAUUCUGAAACUUAACGUUCUCACCUGGAACACCCACUUACCUGUCCCACAGUUACGCACCUAAUAAUAUUUCAGUUCCUUGUUGAAGAACCUGAAAAUCGCUGGCUGUUUACAUAUAAUUUCCCGAAUAAUAGGCUUUCGCGGCAGUUGAGUGCAAAAUCAAUUGUCAACUUCUACUUUCAGAUACUGAUUUACACUUUGUGAUCUUAUAUUUAACAUGGGGCAUAGGGCAAUAUCCAGUGGGCUCGUCUGACAGCCUGGAUGGUGUAAAUCAUACCAGGUGUGAUGUUGACUGAGAUGGCAGACUUUAUGUCGUAUAAGAAUAUGCAGUUGAAUGGGGCAAGCAGAUUUUGAGAUGUGCACGACAUAUAUAUAUAUAUAUUUGGAUGGCACAACAUAAGGAACUUUGUGGACCUGUGUGGUGCAGAAUGAUCUAAAGAGUGUGAUUUAGGUUGAGAAGCAAGAAUGGUUAUUGUAGUGUACGACAGUGCUGUGUACAACUUGUAUUUGGCAGCUUUGUAAUGUCUAUAAUGCCCUGGCUUGGAGAUGGAGGUAGCAUAUAGUGCCCCAUUUCAACGGCUUGGAUUUAUGAAUUAUGUGCCUGACAAUGAGAUAGUGCUGUUUUUGUAUGAAGAAUAGUGCGGGAUAAUGUACAGACACUAAUAAUAUGGAACUGUGAAAAUGCAAAGAGUUGUGCAGAAUAUAGUAUGUACACAAUGUUAAUAGUAACCUUAUUGCUGCUGCAAUAGAUUGUGUGACUAUGCACCAUGUGCCUGUAAAUCACAGUUUGGAUAAAUGAUGCAUUGUUGAUAGAGUCCUGAGCUGUGUGUUAUGUGGCAAUGAAACCCAAUCCACAUUGGGUACAUAUGGUGUCAUUGCACUGUUUCUGUACCAUAUAAGAGGCAAUAUGGCAAAUCUGUACAAUACAUUACUGGGUGCCUGUAUAUAACAUUACACCUCCACAGUAUUCCCUACAAUAGAUGUGGGGCAAAGCUGUAAGAGCAGUUAUUGCUGGUUCUGUGUAUCAUCUGCCUACAUAGAAAAGUGCACUCUGUACCUGUGCCAUGUCGUGUACCUUGUGCCUUUCCAGUCUGUGUGUGUAUGCGUGCACGUGUGUGGUGUGAAUGAUACACUGUGUGUAUGCAUGUCCAGAAAGAUGUCCUUGAUGGUGUGGGCAAGUGUAUUGUGUACAUUGAGGCCUUUUGUGUUUGCUAAAUAUGGUUUUGUGUUAUAACGUGAAAUUAGCGAAUGUCAGCUGAAAUCGAGAUGUCGUUCUGCGCACUGAUGGCGCUACAGUAUCGCCUGAGUGGUGUUUACAUGCAAAUGCAGUGGGAGCAAUCGUGCAGCAUCACCUACUGUAUGGUACAGCAGGAGGAACGAGUAGUCUUCCCCAGGAUGUGGCUAUGCCCUGCAUAGCACAUAGACACAACAAGCUGGAGAAACUCUGGGUCAGGCAGCAUCUCUGGAAAAAUGGAAUUGGUGACAUUUUCGGGUCGUGGUCUGAAAAAGGGUUGUUCUUUUCUCCAGGGAUGCUGCCCUGACCCGAUUAGUUAUUCCAGCUUGUUGUGUCUAUCUUCGGUAUAAACCAGCAUCUGAAGUUCCUUCCUACACAAGCUGCAUAGUUUAUGUUGCAGAUGCAGUGUCUGGUAUGGUGUGAAUGGACCGUGCAUUGUGAAUGCUGUACUGGGCUGGUGCAGAUGUACCAACCUCCCCUCGGCAGUGUCUCCCGAUUUCUUCAACAGAAGAUGAUGUGUUGAGAUACAGCCCAGGUAGCCAUGAGGGGCCUAGUCCAAAUGGAUUAGAACCACACAAAAAAAACCUAUCCCCUUGUCACCCUGCAGCAAAGAAUGCCUGUUGUGUGUCGCCACCGGUCGGUACUACGUAUGCCAGUGGUUCAUGCAUCAGCAUGUGUGUGGGGGCCACACUGUGACUCCCUCCCUGCGCUUCUGCCCAGCGUUUGUUCCCAGGCCUGGUUAAACGGAAUUAUCUGCAAUAUUUUUGGUUCACUUAAACGAAUGUCUCUUUAGCUUCCUCUUGGAUUCCUGAGUUAGUGACUAAGAGUCGGGCAGUUUGAAAAGACUGCGUUUUGGAAACGGCGGGGAGGUUAAGAUGCGGUUUCAGCCACAUGGGCUGUGUGGGCAGACUGUUCAGGAGAAGCCAUUCACUAUCAGUCGGUACCACAGCACAUGGCAUCAGUAAAGUGGGGACAGAGAGGAUUUGUUUGUGAAUUGUGCUAGAAGUCAAUGCAUAAGUUCUAGGAGAAGAAUUAGGCCAUUCGGCCCAUCAAGUCUACUCUGCCAUUCAAUCAUGGCUGAUCUAUCUUUCCCUCUCAACCCCAUUCUCCUGCCUUCUCCCCAUAACCCUUGACACCCAGACUAAUCAAGAAUGACAACCUUUGAGUGGGUAUUUUAACGUGGGUACCAUUCGAUGCUGCCCAAAGUGGCUCCAACUCAUCACUAACAACGACAAUCUAAACAAGCUGUCUAGGCCUGGCAAGGACAACGAGGGGUGUGUAGAUCACAGGCCGGUCUCCUGCAGUGCGUCGAGCACUUUGCGAACCCCUGCUUUGGCUCUGAGGGGGUUAAGAACCUGUUUCAACAGGGUGGUUGAUACUGCGGUCAAGUACAAACUGACAACUUCAACUAUGAUUGUGCAAUAACAGAUAUAUUUCGAGAUUUAUUGACUGUGAAAUUGUCAUGGGAAUCGGGUGCCAGACAGUCGCAAUCCAAAAACCGGGAUGCUACUCACUCUCUUUGCACCCCGAAGCACCAGGCACACCCGAGUACCGCUGAAUGUUAUGUCUAGUGUUAGUCUGACCUCGCCAUUGUCCAGGGAACGCCCCCAACCUGGAUUCGAGUGAAUCACGGUGCGUGUACCUAGUGUCGAAGCCGUCUUGAAUCCACUUAAAUACACGCACGCACUUUAAACCUCUAUUGUUAAACAGAGUGGUUUGUCCACCCAAUUUAAAUGGAGCGGGCGGGCUUUCCUGUUCACAGUCCCCAAGUUAAGUGCUGCUGUUGUGACUAAAAUUCCCGCCAGCGAGGAGCACCUCGCUGCCGAGAAGCGACGAAUGUAACGGAGUGGCUUCAAUUCGCUGUAUAUUACACAGUCUGGAUUUGUUUUCUAUAUUGAAAAUGUUUCAUAGCGGUAUAGAAUAUUUGUAAAUGAAAUAGUUUCCUGUUAAUUUGUAUACAAAAGAGAAACACACUAUACAAAUGCUUAUUUUUCAGUAAAACGCUGCUGCCUUUUUAUGUCUUGUACGGAGCGUGGAGAGCUCUUUAAACAGAUUAUUUCUAUGAAGUGUAUCUGUACCAGAACCACUGGAAUAAUAAUAAUAAUAAAAGAAUGUAGACGGGAA